AUGAAGUGGAGAACUAAAGAGGAAAUAACUAAGCAGAGUAUGAAAGAGGAAAUUGUAAAAUCUAUGAAGGAGUUUCACUAUACCCCGGAUGUUGUUGGUUUGAAUUAUGAAGAUCUGUGUAUCCAUCCAGAUCUGGACCUUACAGAAGGGUUUAAAGUACCUAAAUUUGAUACUUUUAGUGGAACCGGGAAUCCUUUGUCUCAUUUGAGAGCAUAUUGUGAUCAACUCGUAGGAGUUGGGAAGAACGAGGCAUUAUUAAUGCGACUCUUUAGCCGAAGUUUAAGAGGAGAGGCCUUGGAAUGGUUUACUUCUCAAGAGAUGAAACAGUGGACAAUUUGGAAUGCUUUGGCUAAAGAUUUCAUCGAAAGAUUUGCUUACAACGUGGAGAUCGUUCCCGAUCAUUAUUCUUUAGAGAAAAUCAAACAAAAGUCUACUGAAAGCUAUCGAGAGUACGCCUACCAUUGGAGGAAAGAGGCUGGCAGAGUGAGACCUUCCAUGAUUGAAAAAGAGAUUAUUGAAGUCUUUGUACGCAAUCAAGAGCCUGGGUACUAUGACAGGAUGUUGUUGCUCGUAGGAGCAAAAUUUGCUGAGGUAGUCAAAAUUGGUGAGACCAUCGAAGAUGGUCUUAAGACCAAAAGGAUUAUUCGUGUGGCUAUCCAAACUAGUUCCUCAGUUUUGUUCAAAAAGAAAAAAAAAGAUGUGUCCUUUAAUUCUGAUGCGCACGAUAGAAGGAUACGAAGAUCACCCUAUUUUAGCUCUAGAAAAACCUCACCCUCCAAAAUCUACCCCCCAUCUCUAAAAAAUCCCUACCCAAUUUUUUACGUCCAACCGAGUUACCAAACUCCGCCUCCUAAUUACCUACCUUCGCACUAUCAAACUGCACAACGCCCAAAUUUUCAAACUCCCGCACCUUUUUGCCGAAAUCCUCUGAACUACCAUCAAGUACCUCCACCCCUGCAAAAUAACUACAACCUUACCCAACCCAAUUUUGAAAAUAGGUCUGCUAGGAGUUUUACUCCUCUAGUGGAAAGUCGGACUAAGCUAUUCGAAAGACUGAGAGAUGUAGGUAUUAUUCAUCCUAUUGCACCUAAAUCAGCUGAUACAAGCUCUAGAUUCUUCAGAGCUGACCAAACAUGUGCGUAUCAUUCGAAUAGUGUAGGGCAUGAUACUGAAAUUUGUGUCAAUUUAAAGCAUAAAAUUCAGGAUUUGAUUGAUUGGGAGGUCGUCACUCUCCAAACCGCUGCUCCCAAUGUUAAUAAUAACCCUCUGCCGAAUCAUGAAGGGUUGAAUAUUAACAUGAUUGGAAAAGAUUGGAAUGCCGAUAGUCCCAAUCAAAUCUGA